AUGUUAUCAGACACCGGAAGGCCUGGAUUUAGCUACUUUCUAAAUACUCCUUGUGAAGGUUGGGAUGUUCUUCAAUACCAUAAGGCAUGGAAAGUUGUCAAACUCACUAUGGAUAAAGCUUCUGUAACAAGAGCAAUUGAAAAACAAAUACAUUAUAUAACUAUUCAUGGUCCAGGAAAUGAGAAACAGAAUGCAAUACAUUUCCAGAAACAAUUCGAA